AUGAGACAGGACUGCGGAGGAAACCUCAUGUUCAACAUGUAUCUCUCAGAUCCAACAGAAAAUCUGUUGAAAGAAAGCAAAGGGACAUCAUGGGGUCCGAUAAAUACAGGAGUGCAAAAAGGCAGUGGGCAGAUCCAGCUCUGGCAGUUCCUGCUGGAGCUCCUCUCCGACAGCACCAACAUGUCGUGCAUCGCCUGGGAGGGCACCAACGGCGAGUUCAAGCUCAUCGACCCGGACGAGGUGGCCCGGCGCUGGGGGGAGCGCAAAAGCAAGCCCAACAUGAACUACGACAAGCUGAGCCGGGCGCUGCGCUACUACUACGACAAAAACAUCAUGACCAAAGUCCACGGCAAGAGAUACGCCUAUAAGUUCGAUUUCCACGGCUUGGCGCAGGUGUGCCAGCCGUCCACCACGGAGCAGGCCAUCUACAAGUUUCAGAGUAACUUCUCCCCGAUUCCCUUCUCCGGGAUCUCCAAACUGAACCUCGUGGCCCCCGGCGUGGGGCCGUCGGGUUUCUCCUACUGGCCUGGCUCCCCGCCGGCGGCUCUGUACCACAGCCACAACCUCCAGCCUCCGGGGCCCUUCGGUACCGUGUCCCCGUCCCACAUCAGCUGCGUCAACAACAUCAACAGCCUGAAUAACAUCAACAACCAUUACAACUGACUUUCAACGCGCCCCGUAGACAGACUGGAAGAACAUUAACAGCCCGAGUGAUGCGUCAGUGAACGAGAGGGGGGAUGUCGAAGAGGACAGGAGGGUCGCUUUUGGUAGUCUGCUGGUGAGAAUAUGGUCUAGGCUAACACGGACUCGAUUUGGUUAAAAAUGAACGUUUUUAAACGACACGCAAGAAUUGUUUUAAGAGCAUACUGCUGUUUUCAAAGGCGUCAUUGUGGCCUGCAGUCAUAGGUGAUGCUGAAACGACAGUUAUGCGUAAGCAAGACGUCUAAAAACGUAUUAUUUGCCACGAAAAAAAAAAAAGAGGAAGAAAAUGAUUUUUGCCCAGUUUCAACCGAUUGGAAACCAAUAAAUCCAUCAAAUCCACUGAUGUACAGCGGUGUGACCUAUUAGGCGCCGCACUUCACUACUUGAGUAAUGACAUUAGUUCAGUUCCAACCCAUAAACAGCCCAGAUGUGGAGUUUCCUAAUUCCAGCCUCGAUCUGUGAAAUUAAAUCGUAGAUCAAUAAAAGUGUCCGCGUUGGUGACCGGAUUUCCAAAUGAACAAAUUAUAGGAUAUUAUUCAAAAGGAUAAUGAAAGACAUAUUGUCUGUGUUACAACGAUCAGUUAUCAUCCCUUUUCGCCUCCUUUGCUGUUUUCUCAUCCCUUCUUCCUUGAGUUCUGGGUUUGUUUGUUUUUUACGUACAGAUGCGUGUGUUUGUACCAACUCGGGAGCCAGUUGCCAUCUAUUACUGGACUAUGGGCGCCAUCUCGUGGUAUCAUGAAACAGCUCACGGCCCGCUGGACCGCAUCAUUUCCACUUUUACUAAAUACCCCC